GACUCUUCGCGUUCGCAGAUCGCGGGAAUGAUGGCAGCUUUUAUUCCUUGGGUUUUGCGUUUCCUUUCUGUUGACUCGUGCGCUGUCUAAAUGGGGGAUUACGAGCGAGUUGCAGAAAUAUCACAAGUGGAUCGCAGCUCCAAGAGGAGGCAGGUGAAGCCUUUGGCAGCUUCUCUGCUAGAAGCUCUCGAUUAUGAUAGUUCAGAUGACAGUGAUUUUAAAGUUGGAGAUGCCUCAGAUUCUGAAGGGAGUGGUAAUGGAAGUGAAGAUCCCUCAAAGGACAGUGGAGAAGGUUCCUGUAGUGAUUCUGAAGAAAAUAUUUUAGAGGAAGAACUGAAUGAAGAUACUAAAGUUAAAGAAGAACAACUUAAAAAUUCUGCAGAGGAAGAAAUACUGUCAUCAGAAAAACAGUUAAUUAAAAUAGAAAAGAAGGAAGAAGAAGAGAAUGGAGAAAGAUCUAGAAAGAAAAAGGAGAAAGACAAGGAAAAAGAAAAGGAAAAAGAAAAGGAGCGAGAGAAGGAGAAAGAGAAGGAGAAGGAAAAAGCGACAGUAUCUGAUAAUGUGGCUGCUUCUGCUGCUGCUACCACACCAGCCACAAGUCCUCCUGCCGUUAACACAUCUCCUUCAGUCCCCACUACAACUACUACAGAGGAACAAGUCAGCGAGCCAAAAAAGUGGAAUCUUCGUCGAAAUCGACCACUUUUGGAUUUUGUAUCUAUGGAAGAACUGAAUGACAUGGAUGACUAUGACAGUGAAGAUGACAAUGAUUGGCGACCUACUGUAGUAAAGAGGAAGGGAAGAUCAGCAUCUCAGAAAGAAGGAAGUGACGGAGACAAUGAGGAUGAUGAAGAUGAGGGAAGUGGGAGUGAUGAGGAUGAGAAUGAUGAAGGCAAUGAUGAAGACCAUAGUAGUCCUGCCAGUGAAGGGGGUUGCAAGAAGAAGAAGAGUAAAGUUCUUAGCAGAAACAGUGCUGAUGAUGAGGAACUGACCAAUGAUAGCCUGACACUAUCUCAAAGCAAGAGUAAUGAGGACUCGCUGAUUCUUGAGAAGAGUCAGAACUGGAGUUCUCAAAAAAUGGACCAUAUUCUGAUUUGCUGUGUUUGUCUUGGAGAUAAUAGCGAAGAUGCUGAUGAAAUAAUUCAGUGUGACAAUUGUGGAAUUACAGUCCAUGAAGGUUGCUAUGGAGUUGAUGGAGAGAGUGACUCUAUUAUGAGUUCGGCUUCUGAAAACUCCACCGAACCUUGGUUUUGUGAUGCCUGUAAAUGUGGUGUUUCCCCUAGCUGUGAACUAUGUCCUAAUCAGGAUGGAAUUUUCAAGGAGACAGAUGCUGGAAGAUGGGUUCACAUUGUUUGUGCCCUGUAUGUUCCUGGAGUAGCCUUUGGAGAUAUUGACAAAUUACGACCAGUAACACUAACAGAAAUGAACUAUUCCAAAUAUGGUGCCAAGGAGUGUAGCUUCUGUGAAGACCCUCGUUUUGCUAGAACUGGAGUUUGCAUUAGCUGUGAUGCAGGGAUGUGCAGAGCGUAUUUCCAUGUGACCUGUGCUCAGAAGGAAGGUCUGCUUUCAGAGGCAGCAGCAGAAGAGGAUAUAGCAGAUCCAUUUUUUGCUUAUUGUAAGCAACAUGCAGAUAGAUUAGACAGAAAGUGGAAGAGAAAAAAUUACUUGGCUCUACAAUCUUAUUGUAAAAUGUCUUUACAAGAGAGAGAGAAGCAACUGUCACCAGAGGCGCAGGCAAGGAUCAAUGCCCGGCUUCAGCAAUAUCGUGCCAAAGCAGAGCUAGCUCGAUCCACCAGGCCCCAGGCCUGGGUUCCAAGGGAAAAAUUGCCUAGACCACUCACUAGCAGUGCUUCAGCCAUUCGUAAACUGAUGCGGAAAGCAGAACUAAUGGGGAUCAGUACAGACAUCUUCCCAGUGGACAAUUCAGAUACUAGUUCUAGUGUGGAUGGAAGGAGAAAGCAUAAGCAACCUGCUCUCACUGCUGAUUUUGUGAAUUAUUAUUUUGAGAGAAAUAUGCGCAUGAUUCAAAUUCAGGAAAACAUGGCUGAACAAAAGAAUAUAAAGGAUAAAUUAGAGAAUGAACAAGAAAAGCUUCAUGUGGAAUAUAAUAAGCUAUGUGAAUCUUUAGAAGAACUACAAAACCUGAAUGGAAAACUUCGAAGUGAAGGGCAAGGAAUAUGGGCCUUACUAGGCAGAAUCACAGGGCAGAAGUUGAACAUACCGGCAAUUUUGCGAGCACCCAAGGAAAGAAAACCGAGUAAAAAAGAAGGAGGCACACAAAAGACAUCUGUUCUUCCUGCAGUACUUUAUAGUUGUGGAAUAUGUAAGAAGAACCAUGAUCAGCAUCUUCUUUUAUUGUGUGAUACCUGUAAACUCCAUUACCAUCUUGGAUGUCUGGACCCUCCUCUUACAAGGAUGCCAAGAAAGACCAAAAACAGUUACUGGCAGUGUUCAGAAUGUGACCAGGCAGGGAGCAGUGACAUGGAAGCAGACAUGGCCAUGGAAACCUUACCAGAUGGGACCAAACGAUCAAGGAGGCAGAUUAAGGAACCAGUGAAAUUUGUUCCACAGGAUAUGCCCCCAGAACCUAAGAAGAUUCCAAUAAGAAACACGAGAACCAGAGGACGAAAACGGAGCUUCAUUCCUGAUGAAGAAAAACAUGAGGAAAGAGUUCCUAGAGAGAGAAGACAAAGGCAGUCUGUGUUACAAAAGAAGCCCAAGGCUGAAGAUUUACGAACUGAAUGUGCAACUUGCAAGGGAACUGGAGACAAUGAAAAUCUUGUCAGCAGACAUAAUGCUAAUCAGGAAUCUCAGCUGACGUUGCACAGUGGCUAUUCCUGAUGGUCCAGACACUGCCAAUUUUAGCCAUUUGCCUCUUUUGCUGAGAUGAAGAAAUUGCUCAAAGCCCAUCUGGGUGAGAUGGAGGAGUGGGUGGGUGAACAAAGGAGACCAUAUUUAAAAGAGGUAUCACUCUUUCAAAGGAUAGUGACACAAUCUUUUAGUAUGUUAAGAGAACCCUUUCUGAUGUCUCUCAAAAUUUUUCUUUUGAUAAACCCCUAUUAAAUUAACUGAGGGCACAGAAAUCUAAUGUUUCAAAAACAAGAAAUCAAUAAAACAUAUAUUAGUAAUGUUAUAGUUUUUAAAAUAUUUGCUUCCAAAAUGAUAUCAUUUGUCAUUAAAAUAUUAUCUCUAUUUGUUUUAAUUCCUCAAAUAAAGGCAUGCAGUUUUAAAUUUUGUGAGUUUUUUAUACUAUCAUUGAAAAAGAUGAGAAAAUUAAAAUUCCAGUGAAGAAAUAUGAAGUGCUUCAACAAAGUUAAGAAAGGCUAUAACAUUUGGCCAGUGUUUUCUGAAUGCCAUGAGAGCACACGUAGAGGUUAAACUCACUUAAAUUUAGGAUAAAGUAGUUCUAAUAUCAAGAGAUACACAUAAAUAAUUCUGACCACAAUAUAAUUUUCCGAUUUAUGUAAAAAAAAAAAAAAUCCCAAGCAUAAGCAUAACAUAAUG